AUGACGAACGAAAGCUAUGAAUUAAUAGCCCAUUCUGAUCGUGAAACUUUCUCUGUUUGGCUUCAACAAAUUAAAAUCCCAAGUCGAAAAAGAGAUGCAUUUGCUCCUUGGCUAUCGUUGUCAACGAUUCUAUCGGGGAAAGGAUGGCUAAAGAAUAUUUUAGUUCACGCCAGAUUUGGACCAAUUAUCCGAGUUGCCCCCAACGUUCUUUCAGUUGGUGAUCGUGAUGCUAUAAAAAAGAUUAUAAUUACGGAGGAUUUUCCAAAAUCUUCAAUUUACAAGAAUUAUCGACGCAAAAGAAAUGAAGAAACACUCUUUUCUGGAACUGAUAAAGAAUUUCAUAAACUUCGUCGAAGAAUGUUAUCGCCAGCAUUCUCUAUAAAAUAUCUUGCAUCGCUUGAACCUCUAACCAAGAACUGUUUCCGUGAUGUGAUUAUUACUAUUGACCAUUUAAUCAAUGCUUCAUCAAUGGUAGUAAAUGGCCGAAAAGCAGCGACAAUAAAUAUGUUUCAAAUAAUUCAAAAUUAUACUUUGGAUGUUAUUGGUGAAACUGCAUUUGGUGGAAAAUUUGACAUGGUGUUGACCAAUAAACACCCGAUUCCUGAUGAAGUUCGGUAUUAUCUAAGGCGUAUGGUGAUGGGUGCCUUUGUACCACCUCUACAAUGGUUUAUGCGAGAGAGAAAGUAUCUGGAAGAGUUUGUAAUUAAACUCGCGAAGACAAGACGUCAACAAAAUCCAAGCGAAGUAAAAAAAGAUAUCCUUCAAAUACUGCUUGAUGCCGUAGAUGAUAAUAAUACUGGUUUAAAUGAUAAUGAAAUUGUGGGACAGAUUGUAGAGUUUUUGAUUGCUGGAAGCGAUACUACAGGUUUCUGUAUCUCGUUUGCAAUGAUCCUUUUAUUACGACACCAAGAGGUCCUCGAUAAAUUAUUUCAAGAAAUUCGUGCUGCAAUUCCCGAAAUAGGCCCAGAUAAUUUGCCAAAUUAUGCGUUGCUAAAAGGGUUGCCUUAUUUAAAUGCUGUGAGACUAUGUGCUGAUUUGGAUGGAUUAACCGUCAGAGUAUUAAACAAAGAUAUGAUCAUUGGACAAUAUCAUGUACCCGCAGGAACAGAAGUGAUCCCUAAUGCUUAUUACCUACACACCGAUAAAAGCCUUUGGGGCCUAGACGCGCUAGAAUUUGUGCCUGAACGAUGGCUCGACUCGGAAAGAAUUCCAAAGGAUGCUUUCUAUCCAUUUUCAGCUGGGUCGAGAAAUUGUAUUGGACAAAAUUUUGCAUUACUUGAAAUGCGCCUAAUAAUUGCUUCACUUGUUCGUCGUUACGAAUUCACCGAUAUUCCGGGGCAAUCAUUGGAUAUCAGCCACUUUGUUACGCCGAAAUUCACUAAUCGCCAAUAUAAUAUCUUGAUGAAUUUAAGAGAUGAGAAUUGUUGA